AUGAGUCCUGGCGACCACCUCUCUCCGUCGCAGCGUGUCGAGCACUUCGAUGGAGAAGUUCCGCCGGCUCUCUCGCCCUUGGACGCCUUUGCGGCCCAGGGACGACUGCUGGCGAAGCAGUUCGAUGAAUCCAGGAAAGCUGGCCGCCGCAUGAGCCGCAUCCCGCCCGCAAGCGUUGCCCGAUCGCUAUCCCGCCCUCGCCCAGGCUACUUUCGCUCCGCCUCUCACGACGAACCUCGCGAGUUCCCACGAACCCCGAUCAGCCCGGCCUUUCGCGAUCGAAAUCCAGAGGUGGAGGAGCCUAGGUUUAGGCCAAAGUCCCAGCACCCACGCCUGAGCGGUGUUCAGAGAGACUAUGAUGGUGUUGGCUUGAAGCCGUGGGAAAACCUCCUUGGGAGCCGUUCGGGCUCAGAGGAGAAUAUUGCUGGAUCGCCAGACGACGAGAAUUCUGCCCGCAAUGCUAUCGCAGGAGUACAGAAGUUGCGGUCUCCUGGAGCUGGAGCCAAAGCUCGACGAGGGCCCAUUCAGAACUCCCCAUCGAAAUCGAAACCAAAUACCCUUGCGCCCCCAAUCUAUCUGCCUAGAUCGACGAGCAGCCCGGGAGGCAUAUCGCUCCCAGAAAGCUCUGACGACGACUAUUAUGGAUACACCAGCUCCGCCGCUGGUUCUACAUUCUCCAAGCCAAGAAAGCUCUCCUCGAGCAGCGGCAUGUCGAUGCCUCAUUCACCAAUGUCGAACUUCACUCGUGCGCAGCCACGCUCGCCCUCACCAGCCCUGGAGCAAGCCGGCACCCCCAAUAUACUUCCACGGCCCUCCUUCAAUUUCUCCCGGCCGUUGAGUCGAUCUAGCACAAGUGUCUCACUUCCAUCCCCGCUAAGCCCAGAGAUGGGCCCGACGGGAGAGCGACAGCUUCAAGCGUUGACUCGUGAGAAUCGGCCUGCGCCUAUCAGUGUCCUAAAUCGCGCCGCUGAGAUGGAAGAUCUACCUCCCUCAGGAACAUACACGUACGCUACCUUUACUUUGCCGCGCGGACGAGGCGUCUCGAGAGAUUCGGUGAUAUUCUCCGGCCUCCAAACUCCGCAUUUCGAAUGGCAAGAGCCGCUCUUUGAAUCUCCACCACCCAGCGUGUUCCGGGAGGACAUUGGCCGAACGCCCUCUCCGCCGCCUCCACCCAGGCAAAUUAUCCAGCCGACCCUAAAGAUCCAGAAGGCUCCCUCGAUAAAAUCAUCUGCAGCACAGGAGCUCAUACAAGAUGUGCAAGCCCCAGCAAUGCCACCGCGACACUCAUUUGACGAUGUGACCCAAGAGGUUCUGACAGUAAAAUCGCCAGGAAAUAACAACAGUAGCAAAUUAAAAGCCAAGACCGUGGACCAGGAUGAUGCCAAAUCUACUUCUGCAAACAGCGGAAGCACUAUCAGACCGCAUACAGGCCACAAACGGGGUAACUCUAACCUCAGUGAUACUGGCCCCUCUCAGUUGACAGCAGAAGAACAUGUUGCUAAAGGUAUUGAGUGCCACGAGAACGGAUCGCUGAAGGAAUCAACGUAUUAUCUUCGACUCGCAGCACUCCAAAACCACCCCACGGGCAUGCUGAUGUACGCACUGGCGUGCCGACACGGAUGGGGCAUGCGGCCCAACCAGCAAGAAGGCGUCGAAUGGCUGCGCAAGGCAGUGAAUUCCGUCGCCGACAUCACGCAAGAGCCCACGACGACGACGCUGAAACCCACAGGGAAAGCGUUAAUAGAGCAAAAGGCCCGCCAGGCGCAGUUUGCGCUGAGCAUCUACGAGCUGGGCGUCAGCCAUCUUAAUGGAUGGGGCGUCGACCAGGAUAAAACUCUGGCUCGACGGUGUUUUGAGAUUGCCGGUCAGUGGGGGGACGCCGAUGCCCUUGCGGAAGCGGGAUAUUGCUAUGUUGAGGGUAUCGGAUGCAAAAAAGAUCUGAAGAAGGCGGCCAAGUAUUAUCGAAUGGCGGAGGCGAAGGGGAUGAGUAUGGUUGGGAAUAGCUGGAUAUACAAAGAUAAAUACAAGAGUGACGACGAAUCGGUACCACGCAACAAGAGUGUGAAGUCGGCGGCGGGCUCGGAGAAGAAGUCGCCACGAAGUAAAUCUCGAACUCGAUCUAUCUUUGGCCGAAAGAAGUCGAGUGCUCACGACGGUUAA